AUGCAUCAAAGGGGCAAGGGACGUACAGUCAACAGUGAUACCGCUUUGGUCGCUAUGGCCUCUCUGAGGUGGCUACUGUAUCUCUCGUCACUGCUCUGCAGUUUCGCGCGGAUCCCUGAAGAUCCAGUGGUUUUCCUACAAUCGUAUCAGCGUCCGAUCGACAAGGGGAAAAUCUCGAUAGAGUUUCUAUUGUGUCAAGUACGGCAAGCCCAGCUCACAAGAAGGAGGUUCCCCUGGGGUCAGCAAGUGGCCCAUUCUCUCUUCCUCAACGACGUAUUGCCGUUCGCCUCUCUAUCGGAAGAAGCGAGUGACUUCCGUGGUUGCAAUGGUUCAAGUGGCCACGGCUCGGAGUUCAUCAGCUUCAUGCAGUCUCUAGUGAAACCGUGCUUAGAUGCCACUUGCGCUGUCAUGACACUCAACGAGAAAGCCUGGGAGUUCACCAAACCGCCAAUUACCUUUGUGGCCGCCCCUCCUAAUGAGGCUGAUCCCUACAGCCUCUACGAUGUGAUCGAAAGGAAGAGUUCCUCUUGCACGGGUCUGGCCUUGUACUUGGUAGCGGCGCUGAGGUCUGUUGGUGUACCAGCGAGAGUUGCAGGGACACCUCACUGGAAUAAGGGCGAUGUCGAGUGUCCCAAUGGAGAUAAGGAUGCUCCGUGUGGCAAUCACAACUGGGUAGAGGCGUAUAUCCCCGAGCAUGGGGAGAGUCCAGCCGGCUGGGCAGUGGUAGAUCAACGCAGUGUGCCUCUGCGGGCUCUUAAUACUUCUUUUUUCAUUCCCUCACCAGCUCACGACCAGGAUGGUUCCACCGUGAACCAUACGAUUUACGCGGCGUCCUUUGCUCCGCCAGAGAUGCUACUCCAUGAAUGUGACUAUCCAGUGGGAUUAGGGGUGCACCCAGCGAAGAACUUCCCUCUGGUUUUCGACUGGUCCUAUCAAUCAGUGCCGGCUUGGAAUACCACUGUCAUGUACCACAACUUGGCCGGCCGAUGGUAUCGCGAAAAUUGCCCGGCUGCCGCAGCUGCCGAGAUUGUUUAG